GAAUAACAUAAUUAAAGAUGACGUCAUGCUAAAUAUACAUAACGCAUCUGUCCAUGUACUAAUUUUUAUUAUGUUUAUGUUAAAACCGUUGGAAUUUUGUUUUGUUUGAUCAUAAAAUUGUGUUUUGUGUCCAUGACUAGUGUGUUGAACAUUCCUUAAGGAGACGUGCAUUCGAGUUGUCUUCAGUCUGGAAAUAAUGGAGUUGAGGUCGAGAUCCAGGUCCAAGACGCCGUUUCAGACGCAGAAUUUUAUCGAAGAGGAAGCCUUCGAAGGGCAGAAUCAUGUGACAAGAUCGACGAGACGUUCAGUCAGAACAAUGGUGACGACUACUGGUGGCAGCGAGUAUUAUGAAAGUGUGACUAAAAGGCCAGUGAAGAGCAAAAGUACAAAAUCGACACGUUCAAUAUUCAAGACUUCUGAUUAUUCAUCAGAGGAAGGGGAAUUUGAUUCGCAUUCCCACAUUUCCGAAAAUGAUAAAAAUCAGAUUAUUGAAGAUGCAAGAAAGGCAGCUAAUGGCACCGCGGAGAUCUCAGCGUUGAAUUUGUACAGGAAAGCGGGGCGAUAUUGGGAUAUAUAUCCCAAAACCGAUUACACCUAUUCUCGCCACUCUCGCGACCGCGUGGAACUCGCCCCCGGAGUGGUCCAAAUGCCCAACAUGUCCCGCAGGACCAUCCACUCGGACUCCAGCACCAACACCGAAUCCUACCAAUCGUCGUCGCCCCUCAUCAAACAAAGACUGUUUUCAUCACCAAACAACAACGACGAAAUCGACGAAAGCUACAAAAUAACCCGAGCCUCCACACGAAGACACUCAAUAAUCACUUCAGUCUUCACCGCAAUAUACACAAUGGUGUUUUGGGGCUUCUCCUCCGUGUCGGGGGCCUCGAUUUACUUGGGGACGAAACUCCACCAUCUGGCGAGCCGAAUCAUGCUGUUUGACACGUGGCUGCUGCGGAAAUCCGCCCCCAGGAAGACCAGGGCUGUGGUGGCUUUGUGUCUGCUCCCCCUUGUGGUGUUCGGAGCUUGGUUUUUACUGUCGUCACUAGGCAGUGCCAUCUAUUGGUCGUUUAUGAACAGUACUUCCACUCCUGUCGAACAAAAAGUAGUAGCAGAAAAAAUAAUAAGUGCACCUCCUGUACCCAAUCAAAUAAACACAGAUGAAAUAGUCGAAAAAGUUCUCCAAAAUCCAAGAAUCUACAACAUUGUUAAUAAUUACUACAAAGGGCAAGAAUCUGAUGCAAAGCUCCACGACAUAAUUGAGGAACUCCGUCUCGAAAUUGAUCGAAUUAAAGAGAACCAAAACGCCGAUUUGGGCCGAAUCAUCGCCCAAAUUCGUACCGAAAACGUCCGAAAUCUGGCUCGACUAACCCAAAAACUGAACCGUUGUUGCAGCCACCAAAUCAUCGAUUUGGAACCUCACAUAACUCGCGUUUUUGCAAACUUACUCAACGAUCCUCACUUCCUCUCAAACCAGAACGGUUUAACCGACUGGUUACACACCCUCUUUGUCGCGAAAACCACCCUCGAAAACCGGUUACUUAACCUAACCCAAAACUUUGACGUUUCCGACACAGCCAAUCAGGUGAUGGAAAAAGUGGUGGCGAAGUUAUCCGAUCACAAGUUCGAUUCGAGUUCGGUUAGCGAAACCCAAAUCGGGAAAAUCGUCCAAUCAGCGUUGAGGAUUUACGACGCUGAUAGAACGGGAUUGGUGGAUUACGCGAUGGAGCCUUUGGGUGGGGAGAUUGUGACUACUAGAUGCACUGAGAGUUACCAUUCGGGUACUGCGGUUAUUUCGGUUCUUGGGAUUCCGGUUUGGUACCCGUUGAUUUCUCCCCGGAUUGUCAUCACGCCGGGCAUAAAUCCGGGCGAGUGUUGGGCUUUCCAGAAUUUUCCGGGUUUUUUGGUCAUCAAGUUGGCGUCAAGGGUGAAAAUCGAGGCGUUUUCCAUGGAACAUGUUAGUAGGUUGUUGGUACCUGAGGGUAAAAUCGAUUCGGCGCCUAAGGAGUUUGAGGUUUUUGGGUUGAAUGGAGAGAAUGAUAAAGAUCCGGUUUGGUUAGGGGAGUUUGUUUAUGAUUAUGAUGGUGAUGCGUUGCAGUUUUUUACGGUUAGGGAACCAAAAGUGUUUUCUAUGAUCGAAAUCAGGAUUAAAUCGAAUCAUGGUAAUCCCAAUUACACUUGUUUGUACAGGUUUAGGGUCCACGGGAAGGUUAGUAAUGAACCCACGUAGGUUAUAACCGAUUUUUUCGUACAUCAUGUGUUCAUUAUUAAUUUAUUUCGAGUACUGUUGUAAAUACCUCGUUUAUUUUCGUUUCUUGUCGUCUUUUUAGUACUUACAUGUGUUUUAAAUCUCAUUCUUUUUAAUUCGUUUUCAUUUUGUUUUUGUAUUAAUAAUGAAAGUCUGUGAUUGGUCUACACUAUGUAAUUAAGUACAAAAAUUUAUGUUGUAAUUGUAGGUACUAAUGGAAAUAAUAAGUUGCCUUAUGCAAGUUUGCAACCUAAUCUUAGUCACGUGUCAGUCACUAGUUUUAGGGUCUAACAUUUAUUUUAAGGGUCACCAAGCACGCUCAUUUGUAUUUUCGUACAUGAAUAAAGUUUUUGUUACGAUU